UUUCCCGCGCGAAUAUUAUCCACUCAUUUCUCUGCUAUGCAUUCUUUCUUCUUUUUUAAUAUGCAAUUCAAGUCCAUCUGCUCUACACCAUUCCCAUCAGCUUCUUCUCUUUCAAUCAUUUCUGCGUUAAGCCAGCUUUGUCUGUUUUCUGUCUGCCUUAAAUUUAUAGCAAAGCCUCAACCUUAGCUGUGAAGCUUUUUUCUUUGUUUUAGUUUAUAUCUCAUGGCAACAUCUUCUAGCAGUAGUGGCGCCUUUGAUGCAGUAAUGUUUCAAUUGUAUCUAGUGGCAUGCUCUUCUAGCAGUAUGCGUGCUUUCGAUGCAAUAAUGUUUCAAUUGUAUCGAAUGGCAUACUCUUAUCGUAGUAGUGGUGCUUUUGAUGCAGUAAUGUUUCAAUAUUAUCUAAUGGCAUCCUCUUCCAACACUGCUGGUAUUUUUUAUGCAAUAAAUGCCAUCUGCUCCUACUUUUGUUGCAUCCUCGUCUGGAACCAAACUCUUGCGCUAUGAUAUAUUCAUAAAUCAUUGUGGACAAGAUGUCAAACACACUCUCGCCAGCAAGAUCUACGAUUCCUUAGAUGCCACGGGAUUGAAAGUAUUUCUGGAUAAAGAUGAGUUGGAUCUUGCGGAUUACUUUCCCAAAGCCAUAGAAGAAGCAAUCAAAAGUUCUUCUCUUCAUAUCGCCAUAUUUUCUGAACAUUAUGCACAAUCCCCCUGGUGUUUGGCCGAAUUGUUUUGUAUGCUACAAACCCCCAGCAAAUUUAUGCCCAUUUUCUAUCAUGUUGAUCCUUCUGAUUUAAGAUGGGCGAUUGAAGGAAAAGGAAUUUAUAAAGGUGCCUUUUCUGAUUAUGUAGAGAAGAAAAGAUACCCUUCAGAACUGCAACGUUGGAAACAGGCACUCCAGUAAGCUUCCCUUUUUACUGGCGAUAUAAUUAAGAAAGAGAAUCAGGGAAAAUCACAGGAGAUAUCGGCAAUGAAAACACCUGCAAUGAAGAACCAAUCUACUUAGCAUUCCAAAAGUUGAAUAUUAAUAUGCUGAUGUUUCUGCAAUUAUUUUGCAAAUAAAAUAGACUCGUUAAUUCAUAUUCAACAAACCUACAAUAUGCAAACACUAUGAAAUCUAUAAAACAAUAUCAUAUACCUCUAUCUCACGUUGAAAAUGCACAAUUGAUCCCUUCUCUAUCUGGAAAUUACUUCACAAGAU